AUGCCUCUCUGGCGUAUCUACCACGCCACGCGUGCCCUUUCUCCUCCUGACCAGGAGAAGCUUGCCCAGCUCAUUACCAAUCUCUACUCAACUCCUCCUGCGACCCUACCCGCUUUCUAUGUAGAUGUCAUCUAUAUCGAAGUGCAUCCGAAUAAGCUCUUCGUUGCUGGGAAACCUCGAAACAACUUCGUCCGAUUCAGCAUCGAGCACCUUGCCACCCACCUAGAUAAAGAGCCUCCACGCAUGACUCGUUUCCACGGAGCUCUUGACAAUGUCUUAAUCCCGUUCUUGAAGGAGCGAGAGCUUGACUGGGAGUAUAGCGUUGUUAACGGGAUCAGAGAGGAGUGGAGGUUUAAUGGCUUAGCACCACCCCCAUUUCAGAGCGAUGCUGAGCGUUUGUGGGCUGAGAAAGGAUGCCCUGUUCCAUAUUGA